AUGAUGUACUUUAACCGCCUACUGAUCGGUUCCUGUUUCCUUUCCUUAACGCUGGCGGUAUACACUGGGAGACUAUCCACUGACUAUUUGAGCAGUUCCUGGAACACCACAAUUGGAUCCAACUCCUCCAACUCUUCUUCUCCGUCACAAUUCCAAGUCAAAUGUCCUUCUUAUCCGUUAAUACGAAAUGGGGACCAUAUCAACCCGGAAGAGCAGACUUACAUCGAAGGCCGCAAAUGCGAGGCCAAACAACAUCUGCUGGAGCUCUUUGAGCGUUUGGAUAUAGACGAUAUGUCUCCCCAUUUCUUCGACACGUACGUUCCCAACAUCGCCAUCAGUCUGUCAGGGGGCUCUUUCAGGUCGUUUCUCACAGCCGCUGGAAUUUUGGAAGCCUUUGACGAACGCACUCCAGGAUCUUUGGAGCCAGGACAUCUGGGUGGUCUAUUACAAUCAACCUCAUAUAUGGCCGGAGUUUCGGGGGGUUCGUGGCUGAUCCUGUCUUUGAUGCAACACGAUUUCAAACCAGUGGUUGAGCUGAAAUCAAACCAGUACUGGAAACUCAAUUCAUCUUUGGUGAAGGGUCUGCCUGAAUUGGACAUUAACUACAAAGACGCAAGAAGAUAUAUCGGAGAGGUGCAAGAGGAGUAUCAUCCAACUGUUAUGAUCAAAACGUCAAAUUCUUCGUCCUCUUUGAUGUCCUACUUCAAAGGACUCUUCAAGACCAACCUAUCCAAAAAUGCAUCCUCGAUUCCAGACAAUAUUUGGAACGAGGCUUUACAAUUCUACGAAACCCUGCACAAAGGAGCGUCUCAGCGGAAACAGCACGGUCAUAAAACCUCCUUGACUGACUAUUGGGGCAAAGCAAUAGCAGACACCAUUUUCCCCAACAGCAAGGGAUCCAACAUGACAAUGUCUGAAGCCAGAAAGCUCCAAUCUUUUAAACAACACCAACUGCCGUUUCCAAUCGUUCUUUCUAACUCCAGAAACGUUCCCAAAACCAAAGACGGUCAGACAAGAAUCUUCGAGUUCAAUAUAUACGAGUUUGGCUCUUGGGAGAGAUACCUCAAUUCUUUUGUGAAACUAGAUUACUUAGGAACGCACCUUGUGAAUGGAAGACCAAUCAAGGGCACCUGCACGACAGGAUUCGAUGACGUGAGUUUUAUUGCUGGGGCGUCGUCGAGUCUGUUCAACACUGUUUUCGGUCAUUUCUGGAACUAUAUGGCGAAAUCAAAGAAACAGACAUACAACUCGCUAAAAACGAUCCUCAACAUGUUUGGACUCACUUCGUGUGGAGAUAUCAACGGCAGCAAAUACGUUUCUGAUUUUGCGUUGAUUUACCCGAAUCCGUUCCUUGGAUACUCAAAUAGAACGUCUGCUACCUCGGUCAAAAACUCCACAGAUCUGUAUCUUGUUGAUGGAGGUGAAGACGAGAACAUCCCUUUCCAGCCGUUUCAUCAAAAGAGCAGACACAUAGACGUUGUUUUCGCUGUUGAUUCAAGUUCUGAUUUGGGGAAUUAUCCGAAUGGCACAAACAUAUUCAUCACUUCGAACCGAUAUAAAAGAUCCACAGACUAUUUUGUGCACGAUAACAGCAAAUAUUCCAUGUUCCCCAAAGUUCCAUCUCCCGAAGUUUUUGUGGAGAGCGGACUAUGCCGGCGACCCGUAUUCUUUGGCUGUAACAUUGACUCUUCUUACAAUUACGUUGGAGAGGCUUCGAAAUUCUCCAAUGAUACAAAUACAGGUUGGUUGCCACCAUUGAUAGUGUAUAUUCCUAAUACGGGGUACACAACGAGCUCGAACAAGUCAACGUUCAAGUUGAGCUACUCUAACGGUGAAGUGGACUCGAUGAUUCAAAACGGGUAUAAUGUUGGAACGUAUGGCAACAGUUCAUAUGAUGCAAACUAUUCAAAAUGUGUUGGAUGUGCAAUCAUCAAACGGAGACUCGACACCACUGGACAGGACAUUCCUGAGACGUGUGAGCAGUGUUUUAGACAGUACUGCUACAACUGA